UACAACACUGGCUACUCCGGGGACCCCAGGAACUACAAUGAUCACGAGGAUCCUCUCUCUUACAAUAGCAGGCCGCGGAACUACAAGGAGCCCAGUCGAAGAAGAAAGAACACAUGGGAUUAUGAAGACAGCCAAACCAGUUGGUAUGAGGACGGGUACACGGAAACUAACUACGAUGCACCUAACACAAGAAUCUACCCCCCGCAACCUCAGCAGUACAAUCGCAUCAACCAGUCAACCCCCACUAAGCGCAGUAAAGGUCCGAACACAAACAGAAGGCCCAGCCUGGAGCGUCAGACGACACUGUACGACGACCCUUACAGCUCGUAUGAAGAAAAGUAUUAUGACGCUAACUCCUACCCUCAAACUAACAGUACUGGCUACAACCAAGGGCACAACUACAGCCAGGACUACUACAACUCGACCAACUACAACUAUCAGGAUGAUAGGUAUGGUCAAGAGGAGGAGGACAGACAAUGGGACUCGGGGGGAGGAGGAGGGGGAGGGGACUACUAUUACAGCAGCUACUACGGCCGGGACCGAUACGAGAACAAGAUCAACCGCUCACGGACGAAAAGAAGUGCCAGUAAUAAAGAACUUACCAGAGGGUACUCGGAGUCCAUGGAUGAGGACGUGUAUUACUCCACACAACAGAGCUAUGAGGAUGAAAACUACCAAGUGAGAAAUGAUUACACAGGCACAACAGCUCGGAGAAAACAAUUCAACCAGAGUCGUUCCCAGUCUAUGAGUCAACAAAUCAAUGAUGACUACGACCCUGACUUCCCUCC